AUGAUCAGUUCGUGCGGAUCCGGAUGGGAAGGAGAACGAUUCCUCACCAGUUCAUUGAUGGAAUUUGCUGAAGAGUGCAAAUGGACGACCGGUCAAGAGAAAGUGGCCAGAAAAGCUGCCAUCAAAUGGCGAUACACAGUUCGAGAUGACCUGUGGGGUAACGCAAUUUUCGUGAAGGAGGCAAAUGCCAUCUCGGUUGAGUUGAAAAAGAAAGUACAAUUCCAGUUCGUCUUGUUGACUGAUACUAUGUACAGCCCUCUACCACCGGAUCUGCUACCACCGGGAGAGGAUCUCACACUUCGACCAUACCCGAAAACAGUGGUCGCCAUCCAGGUGCAGGAUCUCAAAAAUGGUGCCAGUCACUACUGGAGCAUCGAAAAACAAGUAAGCCCACUAUCACUCCACCUUUCAUUUUCUGUCCAUUAG